GGGAUUGUAUAGUUGUAAAGGGUCGAAACGUGCCCAACACCCUUCAAAGUCUGUCACUAUUAAUGAGAGUGCAUGAUGCGUCCGUAUAUUUGAUGCUUGUAGUGACAAAUGUGGUGCGUCUUCUCCUAACCGGGGAAGCCAACAGUGACCCAUAUGACGAACAAUAAUUAUAACUACGGCGGCAACUACCCUCCUGUCAAUAACCGGGCGCCUACUUCCCAGCAAAGCUUCGCGACUUCCAGUGCAACAGCUGGGGAUCCAUACUAUGGCGCACAGUCGUCCGCGACGCCAACGCGAACGUACCCAAAUAAUGAUUACCAGUAUCAGCAAUACCCACAACAGGCCAGCGCGAAUAAUGGCGGCGGGUAUAAUUGGGGUGUUUAUUCUGGGGGGAAGGCGACUGCGGCCACUGGCAUGGAUAGUUUAAGCAAUCCCAGUGUCCCGGAACAAACCCUUAACACUACGACCAAGUCAAACUCGCACAAUACCUAUGAUACAAGCGGCCUGGGAAAUCUAGCCUACGCUUCAGGUCUCAAUUAUAACUCUGCUGCGGCAACGGCGCAGAAUAUGGCGAGAUAUUCUGGGGCGAGUGUGUACCACAACACCCCCUCACAAGUCAACGAUCGUCCAAGGCAAGAUAGCACCAACGCAAGGGCUUCACAGGCUACUGGAACCCACUCGCAGAUACAUGCCCCUGAGCUAAAUGCCGGGAUGAAAAACGGGGCUGCAUAUAAUCUCCCAACGCCGUCGCCUGCGUAUCCUCAGUCUCUGAUAAACUCAUAUCCUCAACGCUCUACCAAUACGACGAUGCCUAGUGGAGGAACCCCUGUCACUUCGAUAGCCCCGCAUACAAUGGAACCGUCUUCUCGAAACAUGCAACAAAGCCAGUAUGCACCGUUUACCCCAUCGCAACCUCAAAAGCUAGCGGCAGCGAGAGCUUUUAAGCAGGAGCAAAGCCGCCAGAAGUCGACCCCCCCUGCGGCACCCGUAGCCAGGAGAACUGUGAAUACAAGUUCAAAUGCAUAUAUUAACCAACCGCGCUCGCAGGCCGCUCGCGGCCCUAAUAACCAGAGUGGGAGGGCAAUCCAAACCAGCCCCCCGCCAGCCGCCACUUUGCCUCCUGCUAAGAUGUCUACGAAUGUGAUCCGUAGAAUAGGCGAUGGACAAACGCCUACUACACAAAAUAUUAAUAGCCAACCAAACCAAUAUCAGUCUGCGCCUACGUCCCAGCUGCCACCAACGUCCACCUAUCUCCCGCUGCCCAAGCAGGUGUCAACUGCUCGCAACCAACAGCUUCCACAGCCACAGAGACGGCCAUCACCUGACAGACCUACCACUGUAGACCCAAGCCAUGUUUAUAAUAGUUACCAUGAGUAUCAGAAACAAAUAGAAGCCGCAGAAGCGGAAGCAGCGAGACUCGCCAAACUAAAAGAGAUGGCGGCCGCAGAAGAACAACGACGGCAAGAGGCUUUGAGGGCCCAGCAGCAAAAGGAAAGAGCAGAUAUGGCAGGGGCCGCGGUCCAAGCAGCAAUGACCCUCGCCCAUACGAUAUCUGCCAAUAAUGCAGCAGAGCCGGAAUCUGAGUCUGAAGAGAGCGAGGAGGACGACCAAGGACAAGAUUCUAACAAUGUUGACGACGUUAAUGAAGAUGAGCAGCAGGUUACUACAUCGUCUAUUUCUGAGAACAUAUCUCACCCUGUGUCUGCGGCACUAGUCAAUUCGAAGGGGAAAGCUCCGGCCCCAUCCGUACCAGUGCAAAUGACAGGGCCGCAGGAACCGCCCAAAGACGAUACUGCAGUGACAAUGGAGGAAGAGAUGCGAAGGAUGGUUCAAAUACUACGAGACUACCAGUCAAAAGAUCCCAAGCUAUUCCUCCAGGUAUGGUCCCCAGUGAGGAAAACUGGCGCCGGUCAAUCACCUCAGCCACAAGCAGAAGGAUCCCAGACCCAAGGCAGCCCAGUGACACAACCGGCUGAAGCGACACUACAAAGUCCAACUCCAAGCACUUAUCAGCCAGCACCAGCACCUAAAGCUACUGCGGCUAUUACAGCACCAAUGCCUGCACCUGCACCAUCUCCCGCAUCAAAGGGCAGAAAGGUAACGCUGCAAAGCCCGGGUAGUUCGGAGUCGCCAUCAACACAGGCUAAGCCCGUGACUAAAGAAGCUAUCAAUACUAGGAGGAGGGCAAAGCGGCCUAGAAGGUCAAGGGCCACGCUAGCUGAGCGCGCAGCCGCUGAACUUGCGGAGGCUGAGGCUAAGGUGGCGGCUGCGACCGCGGCGGCUUCUACCACGAUACCUGCUGCACAAGAGCCUGCACUGGUGACACCUGGCAAGCUGGAUGUGGUUGGAUCCCAAGGGAAUAAUAAACCUACUACGAAUACCCCUGGAGUAGCAUCCAUUUCCCAACCACCCCAGAGGGCUUCCUCUAGUACAGCAACGCCAGUCGUUGUCAGUAAUGCGGCGGCUAACACAAAGCCAGUCAACGGCACCCAACAAACACCGGCUGCGGCAUCACAAGUCACAGGUCGUGCUCAACGUCCAAGCCCUGCUGCAAUUCUGCCACCAUCUCAGCAAAGUUCGACAUGGCCUACAGAUAAGAGAGACGCCAUCGCAAUAACAGCCGCAAGUGUCCUCAAUGAGAUCCCAGAGAAUGCCGGGAAGAAAAUCUUGGCGCGACAAAUCCGGGACAUGUUGGAAGGCAACCCAAGUUAUCUUGAGUUGUGUGAAAUGAUUGAGAAACUAGGGUUCAAAAUGGAUAGAGCGCGGUUUGCCAAAACUUUACUUGCUAUCUUACCUCGCGGUUCCAAGCCUAGGCCUCAACCACCCCGUCCUGCGGCCGUUACCCCAACAUUAUGGCAAACGGCCUCUGUUCCCUCUGCACCUCAAGCACAGGUGUCCCAGCAGAAUACACCACAACCAAUACCACCUGCGGCAGGGGCAGCAGCAGGGCAGGCUGCGAUAAUACCUCCAUUGACACCUGGGACCACACAGGCUCCACCACAUGCCUGCCAGACGCCGGGUUCUGGGACUCCUAAUAAUGGGAAGGAGCGUCGCCCAGUGGAUAGGCCGCGAAAAGACGGGCUGCCUCCGAUGUCUCCAUUUAGUGGUUCGAGGGCGGGUCGUAGACCAGGCAGGCCACAGAAAGACGGGCAGCCUGCGGGGUCUCCAUAUGCUAUGACUACAACAGCGGCUGAUACGUCUAAAUCAGUAGCCACAGAUUCGCCAAAUGCACCGGCCCAAGCCCCCAUGCCUACAUCAGUAACCACUACUUCGCCAAAUGCACCAGAUCUACACCCUCCGCCUGCGCCAACAACCAUAGCUUCGCCGAAUGCAUCGACAACAACAGCCCCGCCAACUGCGACAGAACAGCCGAAAGCACCGCCUGCAUCGCAGGGCCUAGGACACUCAGCUCCAUUGGCUACCGAAGAGAUACACCACAUGUCGCUCCUACAGGCUUAUGUGGGCAAACCCUGGCGAGUAUCAAAACCAGACUCGGGAGGAGCUCGUAGUACUUAUUCGUCGCCAUACCAGAACGAUGUUCCUCCUCCUCCAAAAGGUGGUUGGAAGACGUGGCGAGACUCAACAACAACAACAACAACGCCAACACAUCAUUAUCCCCCUCGUCACAGUUAUUCUAACCCAAUACCUCACCCGCCUCAUCACAAUAUUUCCAACCCACCUCAGUAUGGACCACCUCAGCAUGACCCAUUCCUACCAUUGGCAUAUCCCUACCACCACCACGGAAAGCAGCUGCCACAAAAUGUGUAUGCUGCACCUCAGCCGGCGUGGGCACCGGCGCCGGUUGUUCCUGCAGCUCCUUUAACAAAGGAGGCACAAGCAAGGAAAAGAACCUUUGCUGAGAUUAUUGAUCUCACAAAGGGUGAAUCCUCGGACGAAGGGGAGGAGCACAAUGAGAAGAGGCAACGCGUCGAUGCCACUGCCGGCGAUCGGAUCAAUAAUUUGUCCGCUGGGCACGGGCCAAUAACAGGAGAGGUUCCAACGCGACCAACACAACCUAAACCCCUCCCUUUUCAACAUCACCAUCAACCUCACACAAAUACACCUCCUCACAACAAUGCCACGAACAUAACCGUCAAUCCUCAAGUUCAAAUCACUAGAAACCCACUUCUAGAAUACGACGGAAUCGUAAAGAGCAUUGAUCGUUCCUUUGCUCUGCGCAAAUCGCGGUACGACCCAAAGACCAUCGCACGUGACAUUCUCAUUUCCACCGGCAGGCAUCCUACACAAAGAAGCCUGAACGGGCAUCUCAAGCAACUGAAAGAAAGAUUCACAAAAGUUGAUAACACCUCCGAUCUCAGCACCUUCCGCUGGGACAUCGUCGACCCAGGCGGUGCAGAAGUGGGAUCAGCAAACAUGCUUCCCUACGGUCCUAACAAACCCGUCCCUUACCCCCUCCAUCUCACCGAAGGUACGCACAAGAAUUACGGUCCUAGCCGCCCAAGCGGCCUCCGCAAUGAGACUUCCCAAGCAAACUUCGCUAUGGUAAUCUCAGACGACCCUAACGGCGAUGACGAAGAAAUGGACGAGAUCGACGAGAUCGCUGCCGAACCCGCCGCCCCCGCCCCCAAGCGCCGACGCCGCCCUCCCCGCGACCCUAACGCCGUCAAGCCCACGCCUGCAAAGCGCGUCCUGACUCGCACCCGCAGAACCCCUGGCGGCCCCGCCGCAGCUGCUGCCGACGACGAAGAGCUUGAGGUCCCGCCUACUAAGCGCCGUGGCCGCGGUCCCGGGAAGGCUAAAACUCCGGAGAUUCCGUACUCUUGUCUCGGACAACCGACCUACAUUCCCUUUCUGUGCGAGUGGCGCGGCUGCAAGGCUGAGUUGAUGAAUCUUGAGACGUUGAGGAAGCAUGUUUAUAUUGUCCAUGGGAAGGCGACUAAGGUUGCGGAGUUCGUGGCCAAGCCCUGCUUGUGGGGGAAGUGUGGGAAGAAAUCCCAGUCGCGUGAUGGGGAUGGAGAUGAGGAGAUGGGUGGUGUAGUACAGGAGGAGGUGUUUAGUGAUGAAGAGGCGUUUAAGGCUCAUAUGGAGAAAGCGCAUAUUGUGCCUAUGGCGUGGCAUAUGGGUGAUGGACCGCGUGGUACCACUACUGACGGCAACGAAUCCGACCACACCUCCUACCUCAACUCCCCCAUCAGCGGCCGCCCCAUCACCCCCUCCAUCGCCAACCAAGGCGUCGUUACUACCAUCCGUCGUCGCCGUGGACGCGCACCAGCGAGUAGAAAGGCCUGGUCGCAGUGGGAGUACUGGUGUGGACCUAAAUACGUGUUGAAGUCUGCGCAACGCCAGGGAGGGUUUAAGAGUACGUAUGCGCAGGGGGUGUGGAAGGGGGGGGGAAGGAGCUGGAGAGGGAGUAUGGGGGGGAGAUGA